UUUCUAUUGAUAAAGAUUUUGAAAAAAAUCCUGUAAAAAAUAAUAAGUUUGUAGUGCAAGAGUAGUAAAUGUGGUGGCUGGCGUCUAAUGAAUAUAAGGUAGACGUAGUAGUGGGUUAGUGUAUCAGUCCGCUAGGAGCUCCGAGAAGGUGUACAGGUACGCUACAGGUGUAUAUACACAAACUAAGGCCCACCAGUAUACUGUGUAGCCAAUACAUUUACACCAGUAAUAUACCUUUACGUACGUUUGGAGAGUUACCUGUGGUGUGUGGAAAACAAGAUACCGUAGGCGCGGAUAGCAUUGCAGUGGAGCGAUCGGUUCAGGGUAUUACAGAGAGCAGAACCUCAGUGUGAGGCAAAACGACAGAAUUUUGGACGUAAAAAGUGAAAGGCAUUGCAAGUCAUCACGUUAUAUUCUCCACUCACCAAAUUGGAUGAAAUCAUUCCUAGUGGUGCAUACGGUAUUCAGAUGAUUUAACAAAAUGUAGCAAAUUUUGCUAAAAUGUGAUUUUUAUUUCGUUUUUGGAUUUACGUUUUAGUGUGUGACAGUAUGUGGCGUGUUUUUGUGUGUAGAAUUUGACUGGCCUAAACUGCUACCAUGGCGACAUCGUGGAUCUAUUCUCUCGUCAUUCUGCCAUUCAUGUUUGAGGUGAGCAGUUCCAGGCGACUUUCCAUUGGACCGGAAGCACAGCGGUUAUGUAGAACGUAUCGGAAGGUGUGCUCAUCCGGCAGAUUCUGCGCAAUGCAGUACUUCCAUACACCUAGAAAUAUAUCAUUGCCAAUUUGCGUCCCAGAACAUAUCAUUCCUGCAGAACGCAAGAUAUGUGACCUUCAGCCAGACGAAGGUAAAUGCGGAGCCCGCUACAUUAGAUGGUUCUAUCAUAAAGGGUAUAACAAGUGUAACUGGUUCUACUUUGGUGGGUGUGACGGAAAUCAAAACAAUUUCAGAACCAAGCACCAGUGUGAAGAUAACUGCCGUGCAGCAAUUGACAAUAAUGCACAUACUAACCAGAAUAAAGCUAUUGCACUUCCGGUCAAAACAAGUCCUGUGGUGAUAUCUGAACCUAUUUUUCUACCAGAGAGAACAAAUCAAAUCACUCGAUCGUUUUCACUGAGGUCUAAAAAAGUAGGAAAACAUGAUAAGGAGCGACGCCGGAAGCGGAGAUUACGAGACAGGAAGAAGCGUAGGUUACAGAAACUCCGGAGGCGGAGACGAAAGCUGAACAUUACUCCCCGGAAACGUAGACGCGACGGCAAAAUUUCUGGACGGAAACGUAAAAAUAGGAAGAAGCGGAGACAGGGAAGAAAAAAUAAAAAGAAGAAUAAGAAUAGAAAGAACAAAAUACAUAAGGACAAGAAAGACAAAACGAAUGUGGAGACAGAACAGGAUAACGAACGUGAUAAUGAUAAUCAAAGGACAAAUGAAAAACGUAAAGAAGAUAAACAGACAACGGAAAUAGACACUGAAAGUCAGUCACCAUUAAAAACAUUAACAGUCCUCGAUUCAGGUGACGAGGAAACGACAGACGACAGGGAGAGCUAACGAGUGUGAGGAACAAAGGUACUCGUAAUAGACAGGUCUGAGUUCGCGUGGAAAGCACAAGAAUCAUAUCAAAUGUCACAAAAGUCAACAGUGCGGAUUCAAGUGGAAUUUAUCAAGUGAAAACUAAAUAAAAAAAUUGUCUUGAACAUUCUGCGUUACGUGUCGAACAAGGUUCUCGUCCAUAGACGUGUUGGUUAUUGGACAGUGGACAUUAUGUAUCUUCAUUAUUGCUGACUUGACACCGGAAGUGGAUGUCUGUUGUCCAGGGAAACGUACCAUUACACAAGUAAUUCCUCGUCGGCAUGGACGAACACUUUGUCUGAAAUGAAAGUUCGUGGACACUCGACUUCUUGUGAUUUGUGAGUUCUAGUAGGAACUGUGUAAAAUCAUAGAUAAUUGAAUAAAAGACAAUCCUCGUAUUGAAUGGAACUUGACAGUUCAUACAGUGCUCUGAAAAUAAUAUCGUAAGCGAAAUAUUUCGAGCAAUUAUUCAUGGUCACAUAGACCCUUGACCAUUAUUGUCGCUUAUAAGCGUCUGGUGAAUAAUGCUGGUAACAAGAUUACCCGUUUGCUGUCGAUGGAAAUUAGCCUUGAGUAAUUACAGUGCCCUGUAGUUGAGAUAGGCGAACCAUUUAUCACGUGACAAAAGAGAGGAAGACAAGGGCAAGUAAUUCUGAUUUGACUUCCAUGAGUGUUGUGAGGCUGUUGCCCUUUCGUAUUACUAAUAUGUACAUUAUUUGUAUGCCGUAUUUGAUUUAUAAGUAAUAAAUUAAUUCAUUAAUAACUUUAUUUUAUGGAAUAUGUUAAUUAUUAUGUACAUAUUCAAUCUUUUAUUUUAUAUUUUGAGAGCAAACCCGUAUAGGUAGUUGAAUGUCAUUUUCAAUAAGUUUAUUAAUCAAAUGUAUAGAUUCGUUCAUUCAUACAUCAGAUAUCGUAUUUGGGUAAGACUGUACUGUACUAAGGGAUUUUGCUAUGUUCUGUAUAUAUCCUCACGUUUUAGGAUGUAUAUAUCAUAACUUUAUAUAUAUAUAUAAGACUCAUGCUAUGUAACACUUAGCGAGGACUGAAGACAUAUAGGAUUUCGGAACUAUAACAUACAAUUCAACUCUCUCUGACUGCCGAUUCCCGCGCUAAUAGUCCACCAAUAAUGACGUGAUGCAAAACGUAUAUUUUUUAAUAAACGUCAAAUUAAUGGGAGAAACAAGACCUCCGACUAGUGAUAAUAGUAUAUGAACUACUAGUAUUUACUCGCACGAGUCUGAACUAAAUAUGAAUAUUGCCACUAAAUGUACUUUAAGCAAGUAUGGCUGUAUAUGAAAAUCUGGUAAUCGAUUAUGACUUUGCUGUUACUGUAUGAUAUCCUAACAUAAUAUGUGUUCGUGUAUAUUUGUACAGCUCAUCUCCAUAAAGGAAGUUGUGAUUCUA